AUGUACUGUUACCCUCCUAUUGCCUUGGUCUUCAUAAGUUUACUCCAUAUAUCGAUGUGUGGUAUUUUAAUUUUUUCCUUAGGUCUGGCCUCUGUGGCCCCGUCUGACUGGACGCUAGCUCAGGGGAUGAUCCUAGCCCCGGCUUAUUUGGCUUUUGUGGGGAUCUUGCCUGUUUUUACUAACAUGGCUCAGGCUUCUUCCUUGAAUCGUCCUACCCACCUUCAGUGCCUCCUUAACCAUUUUAAGGAUUUCAGGAGACGAGCCCAAGCCUACGGAGCUAGUGUCACUCCCUUUGACCUUCAGAGGUUCUGCCAGUUAGAUUGGGCCAUAUUUGGAUCAGGGUGGCCAUCAGAGAGGUCACUCGACCUGCAAACAGCCUUUCAGGUGCGGGGUAUUAUCUAUGGAAAUCCUGGCCACCCUGAUCAGGCUCCACAUACUGAUGUGUGGAUCGAUAUAUUUUCUGAUGCCCCCAAGUACUUGAAGGACUGCCGCUGCGGCCAAGAGUCAAAGGCGACUCCCAAGUCUGUCCUUCUCUCCACACCAAAGGGGCCAAAAGAGAAACCGUCUGGACACCUAACUCUCUUUACCCUGUCCUACAGGCACCCCCGGAGGACCCCGAGAUCACUAAUCCUCCUCCUUAACUCCUCUGGUGACCUGUUCCUGUCUCCAUCUAACAGGAAGGCAGAACCCCUCCAGAGUCCUCCCCACACCCGCACUGGGGUUGUGUACUGGCCCCCACAAGACCCUGAUCCUGUUCCUGACCUGUCGAACCAGGCAGCAGUCCUGGCCCCACUCCAGCAAUUGGCGCCCCCAGUUGGGGGAGAAACCCAGAGGCCAUUCAUGGUCUAUGUCCUUUUCUCCACCAGUGAUCUGUACAAGUGGAAAUACCAGAACCUCUCGUUCUCAGAGAAACCCCAGGGAUUAACCUCUCUCCUAGAGACUAUUUUCUUUACCCACCAGCCACCUUGGGACAAUUGUCAGCAACUCCUCCAAGUCCUGUUUACCUCAGAGGAGUGGCAGCGGAUCCUGAGGGAGGCUGCAAAAGCGGUAUUAGAGCCCAAUGGGCAGCCUUCCACUGAUCCGACCUGCGUCCAAUAUGUUCUCCUGAACACCCGUCCGCCUUGGGACCCCAACACUGACCAAGGUAAGGAGGCUCUCCAACGGUAUCACCAGCUUCUCUAGGGCCUCCGGUCUGCCACCCGAUGACCCACUAACUUAUCUAAGUCCUUGCAGGCCCUCUAUCUCGCACGGCAGGAGACCCACCAACUGGUCUCCACCACCAGAACAACCACUCAGCAUCCAGUCCAGCCAUACAACCAUGCUCCAGGAGAUUGGAUCUGGGUAAAGAAGGUACAGCCUGCUUCUCUUGAGCACCACUGGGAUGGACCUUUCCCUGUCAUCCUCACAACUCCCACCGCGGUCAAGGUAGCUGGACGCCGUCAUUGGAUUCACCAUACCAGGAUCAAGGCUGCGCAUCCACCACAGACAUCAGAACAAUGGACCCUGCAUCGGACAGAGGACCCACUAAAGAUAAGACUAUCAAGGGUCCAGUCUGGACCAUCUUAAUUCUCUCCAUUCUAAAGUAAGGAGGUCUUUGUAUGGCUUUUAGGUGAAACCUUACAGAAUAGGAGAGGAUUAGACCUACUGUUAACUACGUAUGUCAAAAAGGGUGCAGGCAGGAAUCAAUGAUUUGAAUUCCCCUAAAAAAACCAGUGGGGAAUGUUAAGGGUGUGGUUCUGGGCAAAGAUAAUCUGCUCACUUGUUUGAUGAUUAACUAGGGUGUGGUUAAUCUGCUUGCUUGUUUGAUGUUAACUAGGAUGUGGCUAGGCUUUGUAAGCUGCCUCUUUUGGGAGCUCGAGGCUGAUCUCCUGGAACCCUGUGUAGUAAAGAGUCAGUCGCUGGCCGGCUAAUAAAGCUCAAAAUUCAUCUCAA